CUACUUCUUACUCUAAGCAACUAAGCCACUCGUAUACACAUUACAUAUAUACUUUUAUAUAUCUAUAAUCCAUAACAUAUUUUUGAAUUAUGUGCUGCACAAACGUUUGAAUAUUCUCAUACCUUAUUGCUUCAAGGUGCAGUCAAUUUGAUGUGAUUGCAGGGCUACUCCAAGGCGAUCCAACAGCUUCCUAGCUUCUUUGAUCCUCCAAGAUGCGAAUGACAGACAUGUAGACCAAUCCCUCUUUGCUCUCGAUCUUCACCCCAAGAUACAAGAAAACAAGAAUUAUCUCUCUCUUUUCCCCCAUUUCUAAUUGUUCGAACCUUCCCUCUAUGGCUGCAGCAUAUGGGAACCCAAAUUAUUGCACUAGAGCAUUACACAAGGCCAAUACAUGAGCAGCAACACCUCCUUACUAAUUUUAUGAAAAUGGCUUUUCAGCUGCCCUCAUUCUUCUUUAAUUUCUCCUUUAACAUCUUCAAUUACUACCCCCAAUCAUGCUUAUAUUAAUUAGCUCUUUUAUUUUUUCAUAACUGCACCUCUUCCUCUUUAUGACAUAUUUGACAAUUUUUCUUAGACUUAAAAGAGUUAUUUAAAUCUACCAUUUAUAGCGGGUACUUUUAUUAAAGUUCUUUCAAAAGCGUUGAACCUUACCCUACCCUGCUCUAAUGAACCACUAGCACCUGUGGCCACUUAUGGAACGGAUCAUGCCAACCAUCAACAUAAAAAAAGAGAGCAACUAGUGUGUUGCCUCCACUAGCGCAGCAAAUCUUCUUUCUUCGAGGCCUACCGAGAGAGAGAGAGCCAUGGAGUCAACAGUGGUCAUCUUCCCAACCACCACAACAGGCCACCUCGUCUCCGUGAUUGAGCUCGCCAAAUUCAUCUCCCAGCUAAACCCACGCCUCUCCAUCACCACCCUUUUGAUGCCCAGUCCUCUAGGUCCUUCUCCAGCUUCUGCGCACACGGAGACGGUCGCAUCCACCGCCCCCAAUGUCCGCUUCGUCCACCUCCCUCCAGUUGAACUGACCGUCAACCUGCAAAAUGCCCAACCGGAGACCUUAGUCUCUCUCUGCGUUGAGAGGUACAAGCCCUUGGUGUCCGACCACCUCCGGUCACUUUGUGCGUCCACCAAGGUCUCCGCCUUCGUCAUUGAUUUGUUCUGCACCACCAUGAUCGACGUCGCGGCACAGUUGAACAUCCCCACAUACGUCUUCUUCACCUCAGGGGCGUACCUAUUGUCCUUGUUGCUGCACCUCCCCAAAUUGGACGCCAUGAUUUCUACCGAGUUCGUAGAAUGUACGACCAACAUCACCAUCCCCGGCAUGCCUUCUCUCCCACCACACGACCUGCUGAUGCCUCUCAAGGAUAGGAAGAACGACGCUUACAGGUGGAUGCUCUACCAUUCGCGGAAGCUACACGAGAUUAAGGGGUUCUUAGUGAAUACGUUCGACGACUUGCAACCGCGACUUGCAGACGCCGUGCCCCAGUUGGUCGCCGGCGAUGGCGCCGGCCCCACCGUUCUCCCUGUCGGACCGCUGUUGGCUCUUGACACGAACAAGGGAUCGGACCACGAAUGCAUCCAGUGGCUAGACGAUCAACCCGAUGGGUCUGUGGUUUUUCUAUGUUUCGGCAGUUUGGGCGCCCUCCCUGAUAACCAGCUCCGAGAAGUGGCACGUGGGCUGGAGCUUAGCGGGCAGAGGUUCUUGUGGUCCGCGCGAUCUCGGCCACCGCCCGGAGAGAUGAUUCAGUGGCGGGACGCCAAUCUGGAGGAGGUUUUGCCGGACGGCUUUUUGGAGCGGACCCGCGAUCGGGGAUUGGUUUGGCCGACGUGGGUGCCCCAAGUCGCCAUUCUGUCACACCGAUCCGUCGGUGGGUUUGUGUCGCACUGCGGGUGGAACUCUACUCUGGAGAGCGUCUGGUUCGGGGUGCCGCUGAUCGCCUGGCCCCUCUUUGCAGAGCAGAGGAUGAACGCAUUCGAGUUGGUGAACGAUCUGGGGUUGGCUGUAGGCUUGAAGAAGGAGAGCGUCGAGGAGGACGCCUUUGUGAGGGCAGAGGAGUUGGAGAGGGCGGUGAGGCAGUUGAUGGAAGGUGAGGAAGGGGAGAUGGUGAGAACGAAGAUGAAGGCGAUGAAGGAGUCGGCAAGAAGGGCGGUGAAGGAAGGCGGAUCUUCGUACAAUAAUUUGAAGAUGGUGGUGGCUGAGUGGAGCAGAGACCAGUGAUUUGGCCUUCCUUCGGCCCUUCGGCAUUGUUACGAACUCGUGAUGGGCUUCCUCUGCGUUCUGCCUUGGCUGUAUCUUUUUGUUUUUUUUUUCACUCUCUAAUUUACUUUUUCUACUCCAUGCCACCUAAUGAAAAUGUGAUGUACCUCGGUAACGGCAAUUUGCUUUACUCUUUCUCCCUCUCUA